GACGGCCAGUAAUGAGCGGCCCGAGAGACUUAGUGCAAUAGUUAUCAGCAGCACACAUAUUUAGAAAACAGCGCCAUGGGAUAUAAUAUAUAGAAAAUCAGUGGGAAAAAGUACUUAACACGCAGUGCGUUCGUUGUUUUUAUAUGUGGAUUGCGCAGCACCAGCACACGCAUUGCAGAGUCCCUACAAUUUAAUUGCGUUCCGGUGAGCCCCUCGCAAAAACUGCGUCUGUUGUGCGAAGUGACACGUGUGUGAAUCUCAUAGGCGAAGCGGAGACGGGCGCCCAGGGCUACUGAACGAAGAGGAUAACGAAUCAAAAUGGAAGACGGUCACUCGAAAACCGUCGAGCAGGCUCUCAACUUUUUCGGAACGGACGGCGAGCGCGGCCUCACUCUCGACCAGAUCAAGACCAACCAGAAGAAAUAUGGACCCAACGAGUUGCCGACUGAGGAAGGAAAGAGCAUCUGGCAGCUGGUCUUGGAGCAGUUCGACGAUCUCCUGGUGAAGAUUCUGCUUUUGGCAGCCAUCAUCUCAUUUGUUCUCGCGCUGUUUGAGGAACACGAAGAAACGUUCACUGCAUUUGUAGAGCCCUUAGUUAUUUUACUUAUUCUGAUAGCCAACGCGGUGGUGGGAGUAUGGCAGGAGAGGAACGCCGAAUCGGCCAUCGAAGCGCUCAAGGAGUACGAGCCAGAGAUGGGCAAGGUGGUGCGUCAGGACAAGUCCGGCAUCCAGAAGGUGCGCGCGAAAGAGAUCGUGCCCGGUGACCUCGUUGAGGUCUCCGUCGGCGACAAGAUCCCCGCCGAUAUCCGCAUCACCCACAUCUACUCGACCACCCUUAGGAUCGAUCAGUCCAUCCUCACCGGUGAGUCGGUGUCUGUUAUCAAGCACACCGAUGCCAUUCCCGAUCCCCGCGCCGUCAACCAGGACAAGAAGAACAUCCUGUUCUCCGGCACCAAUGUGGCCGCUGGCAAGGCCCGCGGUAUCGUCAUCGGCACUGGCCUGAGCACCGCCAUCGGUAAGAUCCGUACCGAGAUGUCCGAGACUGAGGAGAUCAAGACUCCCCUGCAGCAGAAGCUCGACGAGUUCGGUGAGCAGCUGUCCAAGGUUAUCUCCAUCAUUUGCGUCGCCGUGUGGGCUAUCAACAUUGGCCACUUCAACGACCCCGCCCACGGUGGCUCCUGGAUCAAGGGCGCCAUCUACUAUUUCAAGAUCGCCGUCGCUCUGGCCGUGGCUGCCAUUCCCGAGGGUCUGCCCGCUGUCAUCACCACCUGUCUGGCUUUGGGCACCCGCCGCAUGGCCAAGAAGAACGCCAUCGUGCGCUCCCUGCCCUCCGUCGAGACCCUUGGCUGCACCUCCGUCAUCUGCUCAGAUAAGACCGGCACACUCACCACCAACCAGAUGUCCGUUUCCCGCAUGUUCAUCUUCGACAAGGUCGAGGGCAACGAUAGCAGCUUCCUGGAAUUCGAGCUGACUGGCUCCACCUACGAGCCCAUUGGCGAGCUCUUCCUGGGUGGCCAGCGCGUCAAGGCCGCUGACUACGACGCCCUGCAGGAGCUGUCCACCGUCUGCAUCAUGUGCAACGACUCUGCCAUCGAUUACAAUGAGUUCAAGCAGGCCUUCGAGAAGGUCGGCGAGGCCACUGAGACCGCCCUGAUUGUGCUGGCCGAGAAGCUGAACAGCUUCAGCGUGAACAAGUCCGGCCUGGACCGCCGCUCCGCUGCCAUUGCCUGCCGCGGUGAGAUUGAGACCAAGUGGAAGAAGGAGUUCACCCUGGAGUUCUCCCGCGAUCGUAAAUCCAUGUCCUCGUACUGCACCCCCCUGAAGGCCUCCCGUCUGGGCACUGGCCCCAAGCUGUUCGUCAAGGGCGCCCCUGAGGGUGUCCUCGAGCGCUGCACACACGCCCGCGUCGGAACCACCAAGGUGCCUCUGACCUCGGCCCUGAAGAGCAAGAUCCUCGCCCUGACCGGCCAGUACGGUACUGGACGCGACACCCUGCGUUGCCUGGCCCUCGCCGUUGCCGAUAGCCCGAUGCGUCCCGAUGAGAUGGAUCUGGGUGAUUCCACCAAGUUCUACCAGUAUGAGGUUAACCUGACCUUUGUCGGUGUCGUUGGCAUGCUGGAUCCCCCCCGCAAGGAGGUCUUCGACUCCAUUGUUCGCUGCCGUGCCGCCGGUAUUCGCGUUAUUGUGAUCACUGGCGACAACAAGGCCACUGCCGAGGCUAUCUGCCGUCGUAUUGGUGUGUUCACCGAGGACGAGGACACCACUGGCAAGUCCUACUCUGGCCGCGAAUUCGAUGACCUGUCCCCCGCCGAACAGAAGGCUGCCGUCGCCCGUUCCCGCCUUUUCUCCCGCGUGGAGCCCCAGCACAAGUCUAAGAUUGUUGAGUUCCUGCAGGGCAUGAACGAGAUCUCCGCCAUGACUGGUGAUGGUGUGAACGACGCCCCCGCCCUGAAGAAGGCCGAGAUCGGUAUUGCCAUGGGCUCUGGUACCGCUGUCGCCAAGUCUGCCGCCGAAAUGGUGUUGGCCGACGACAACUUCUCCUCCAUCGUGUCCGCCGUUGAAGAAGGUCGCGCUAUUUACAACAACAUGAAGCAGUUCAUUCGCUACCUCAUCUCCUCCAACAUUGGUGAGGUCGUCUCCAUCUUCCUUACUGCCGCCCUUGGUCUGCCCGAGGCUCUGAUUCCCGUUCAGCUGCUCUGGGUUAACUUGGUUACUGACGGUCUCCCAGCCACAGCUCUUGGCUUCAACCCACCUGACUUGGACAUCAUGGAGAAGCCACCCAGGAAGGCCGAUGAGGGUCUCAUUUCCGGAUGGUUGUUCUUCCGCUACAUGGCUAUUGGCUUCUAUGUGGGCGCUGCCACUGUUGGUGCCGCCGCCUGGUGGUUCGUGUUCUCCGCCGAGGGCCCCAACCUAACCUACUGGCAGCUGACUCACCAUCUGUCCUGCUUGGGCGGUGGUGACGAAUUCAAGGGCGUUGACUGCAAGAUCUUCAGCGAUCCCCAUGCCAUGACCAUGGCCUUGUCCGUGCUGGUAACCAUUGAGAUGUUGAACGCGAUGAACAGCUUGUCUGAGAAUCAGUCGCUGAUUACCAUGCCCCCAUGGUGCAACUUGUGGCUGAUUGGAUCAAUGGCACUCUCCUUUACUCUUCACUUUGUUAUUCUUUACGUCGAUGUCCUCUCCACCGUCUUCCAAGUGACACCGUUGUCUGCUGAGGAAUGGAUAACUGUGAUGAAAUUCUCAAUUCCUGUAGUUUUAUUAGAUGAGACACUGAAGUUUGUUGCUAGAAAAAUCGCAGAUGGUGAGAGUCCUAUAUAUAAGAUGCAUGGCAUUGUGUUAAUGUGGGCUGUCUUCUUUGGCCUGCUGUACGCUAUGAUGCUUUAAGAAUUAUAAAAAUAAUUAUAAUCCAUAAGCCCAACUUCAUUAUUCUAAUUUCUAGUAUAAAAGUGUUACUAAAUAUAAACAGAAACAAACAAAAGAACAACCCCCGAACCCACAGUUAUAUACUACAUCUAACGUAACGCCUCUAACUCCCAUUGAAAGUUUGUUCCAAAGAAUAUAACUACUGAUUUUCAAAACCAACCCCCCCGGUAUCACAGAGAUCGACUGGUGAUACCCAAAGGAUGGGCCUGACUGACUCACUCCCUUCUUUGGCUUUUGGCUUUGAACAAACAGCGUUGAAAAUAUCAAUAUAUAUUUUCUAUAUGAGCUAACGAUUUGUCUAACACACACGUACACGUACACCCUGUUUGUAUAUUAAAUUAAAUUUAGCAGGAUUGCUUUUUGUACAUACAAUGCUAUAUAGACACUUAAGAGAGGAGUUUCGCGUCCUUCUAUAUAUUUCAAUAGCGUUAGUUAGCCCUUUGUCGUGUAUCAUUUUCACUGGGUUGUUGCCAAAAAGAAAGGAAGCGAGAAAAUAUAUGGUAGAGCUGGCAAAAAAUCGACUUGUGCUUAAUAUUUUAGAAAAUAAAACAUUUUUUUAUAUUUAUUUUCGAAACCGAAUAGAACGUUUUGAAAUAUUAAUAGAUCGAUUUUUCCCAGCUCUACUAGUUGGCUGUUUGAAUAGGAACCAAAAUUUAUUUCAUUAUACAAUCCGUAAAGUUCGUCUCUGUGUUUAGUAACUUAAAUAUACUGAAGAGUAGGCUAAUUGCGGCAAAAGAACAAAAAGAAACCUUUUAAUUGAAGUAUGUUUGUGUGUUUUUGUCUUAUAAAAUAAAAUCAUUAGACCAUCUUACUUAAAUCGAAUCUAAUUUGUACGUGCUGAUUGUUUUGAGAGAUUCCAACUAAGCGUCCUAAUUUACAAUACAAAGUGUUACAAAGAGUAUUUUUUCUUAGUUUAUCAGUCGAGUUAAUUGUCUCCCGUGGCUCCUUGGGAAAUAUACAAAUAUUGGUUAUACUUCAUUCCAUAACUUUAAGAAUUAUUUUGAGCACAAGAUAUUAAGUAACACGGUUCACUCUUGACACUGGCAGCGAUUGUAUGUCCAUUAUACGAGCAAGUGGGUGGGAAAACAAGGAGCAGGAGCAGGGUCUCUGGCGAGUAGGAGGGUUUCAUUGGCAGAAAACUUUGUAGUCUACGUCAGAGCCUCGUUUGUAAGGAGUUAAGCACAUCCUUUUAGCAUUUGUUUAGAGAAUACCUAAUUAAAUUAACAUUAUAUACAUAAUAUACUCUGUUAUACGAUUAGAGACGCUGUGAAUUGAUUAAACAAAAAGAACUACCAACA